AUUGUUUUCAUGCCAAAGCUCUCCUUGGCAGAGUCUCCUUGGCAACAGGCUGUAAACUCAAAUCUGCUUCAGGCAAAGACGCAAUGAAGACAAAGGACUGACCCUUAAAACACAAGGACGUAAACAUUGGAACUAAUUUGACUUCAUUUAACUCAAACAUUUCAAUCCAGAGAGGCACGGAUGAGUGACACUGGUGAGUCUUGCUGGUUUUAAUGUACAACACUAGAGCAUGAAUAAACAUGAAAGAAGCAGCUUUGUGGAGCAGCUGUUGAAGGAAGAGCUUGAGGCUGUGACUCUGGGGCUGGAGCAGGGGAUCUACUCCUGGGAAGAAAUUGACCUGUCUCAUGAUUCACAAGGCUGCACUCCCCUUAUCAGUGCCUGCAGGAGGGGUCUUACUAGGGUGAUGCAUUUCCUUCUGGAAAGAGGAGCUGAUGCAACACUGUGUAACCAUAGCAACCAGACAGCUCUUCAUGUUAGUCAACCAGCACUCCAGGGGGAGCUGUUGAUGGCUAUGAUGAGAGACGGACCGCACCAGAGGCAGCUCUCACUAGCAGCCUGGUGGGGAGAUCUCUACUGUCUACAGGACCUGAUGGCCCGGACAGACUUGAUGGACUUAAAUAAACAGAACAGAGAUGGUCUGACCCCACUGAUGCUGGCUGUAAGGGAUGUGGAUCUGUUUGAAGGACUGCAGAUGCCGUGGGACUAUCAACCCGUGGAAGUGGUGAAAGAACUUGUGUCUCUUCAGGUUGACACAAGGAUGCUUGAUCGGAGAGGUCACACUGCUCUGUGGCACGUCUCUCAGAUCAAGAGCACCAAGAAGGAAGAUCUCUUUAGAAUAAUGGAGUCUUCAAUGCAAACAGAUACAAUAUUCUCGUGUCUGGACGCGUCUUAUUGGUCAACGAGUCCUUCUGUACACUCCAGCUGCCGUCCUACACGUGGCUGUUGCACACCAGUUUCAGAUAAGAUGAAGAAAGAAUCAGCUGAGAUUAUCAUUGCUCAAAAGAACAAUGCAGACAUCCACCAAGAUAACAGGAUUUGCUUUGAGGGCUGUAUGGAGCCAAAGAUGGACAUCAGACAAGACAAAGAUGAGAGGAAACGAAGCAGUCGGACUUCAUCCUUACCCAGCCUAUGGAACAGUAGAAAAGACUGGGGCAAAAUAAGGCCUUUGCAUCCAUCACUCAGUUUGACUUCCUCCUCAAUACCCGUUCUCCCUGCUGCUCAUGCCACUCAGCUCAGCAAAUCUGCACCAAUGCUGAUGAACCCUCUUCUUGAUGCAAGUGUGCUGCUGAAAGCACGGGCUAACAUUCAUAACAGGCUUAGAGCUGUUGACACAGGGGAUGACAAUAACAGGAAAAAGACGCCACCUACUCUAUGUUCAAGGACACCCAAACAUCUCACUCCUCUGGACAUUAGAUACACAGAUGGUUCUGUACGUUCAAGCCUCGAGCACCCACUGAUCUUAAAACAAAGCAGCAUCUUGCCCAUCUCAUCACAAUCUGGACGAAGAUUGGAAAGGAACUCUAGCCAGUCUUCCCGAAGAUCCAGAGGCACCAGAGCGGGCAGUGAAGAGAGCAACUCCUGCAGCAGUAGUAGCCAAGAGGAGGAUGAGACUGUGCCUCAAGAUGCACACAAGAUACUUGUGGGAUUAGAGAAGUCACUAAAUUUGGAAUUAGGGACCUAUUUGGAUUUUCAGGAUUUAGUCAGUUCUGUAAUUAGCAAUACCACAAAAGAUAAAAACAAUAUAAUUUCAGACAACAAUAAAGGCUAUACAGCUAUCGAAUCAUUGACUGUUAGGGAGAUCGAGGCUAAUACGAGAUCUUCCAAGUCUUCCAAAACAAUUGAAAACUCAAAGGAUCUUCACAGAAAGUGUCCAACUUUGGACUGCUGCUCUGUUUCUGAAGGACACAAAAGCAUAGUCAGGGAAAUACAUCCUUUAGUCGGAGAAUCCUGUUUUAUCGCAGAUGAGAAGCACUUUACCACUGUGGAUAUUACUGAAGUAGAGCAAACUACAGAUGAAAAGAACAAACCAGUUAAGACAACUAAAGGAAAUGACAGGAAAGGCAAAACAUCUAUUCAGACAAACCAGUCAUUCAAUGUUCUGGCACACAGAAAUCAAAGUACUGUUAAAAGUACAAGGAACAGGAUAAAUUCACCAAUUCAAUCAAAGCUGCAACUUAGAGAAAGUAAACCCACAAGCCUAGUAACUGCAGGAGAGACUACUAACAAAUAUUUGCCAAGAGCAACUACAAUAGCUCGCAAAAAAACAGCAGAUGUAGGCCCAACAACAAAAAGGAUCUCUGAACCUUUUCAGCACACGAGGUCAAGUGAUGAGAAGAAAGUAAACAAUAACAGUCAAAAGCAAAUUCACAGAGAUCCGAGAAGUGCAAGAGCUGCCAAAAAGCCUGCAUCAGGAGUAGCACAGCGAGCAAGGUCUGCUGUCGAUUAUGUCACUUACAAUGACAUGUUUCUGAAGAUCAGUCAGGGAGAUGAAGGUCCAGCAAUCUAUGAAAUGUUUGCAACUCCAAUUUAUGAAAAUCUCAGAGUAGACUGUUUAGCGGAGAAAGCAAGACAGGUUCAUACAGCGCUUCAAGUUAAAAGACAGAUAAAUGGAAAACCGAGGGGCCAAAAUACAGUGGAGGUUAACCGAAGGAAACAAGCGCAAUCUGAGAGAUCCAGUCGAGCUAAGUGCAGGCAUCUCAAGCGGAGCGAUAAUGUUACCAAAGGGAUGAAGAAACACCCACCUCCUUCAGAGAAUAAAUGCCAUGUCAUUAUAACUUCUACUUGUGGAACUGUCCAGAAGAAAUCUGAAAUGCCCAUCAUUACGGGUGAUGGGAGGGAAAUUUCAGGCGUUGAAAGACAAUGUACUUCCGUACUGUCAGUGAUUGAAGAAGUACUUUCCAACACUGUGCCCAAAACAAAUCUCAUUACGGACAUAACACAUCAAGUACAGACUCAAAUGGAUGCAGGUGUUAAAAGUGAACCUGAAAUAUCAUGUGAGAGCAGAUUGCCCACGCAGCCACUGAUCAAUACAUGGACAAGUGACGGAGCAGUAUCACCUGUGCACCAGAGGUUUCUAGAUGAAGCCAGUGAUGGACCUCUCACUGAUGACCUGCUGCGGUCUUUGGCAGAGGAGUUGAUCUCACUUGAGAAAAGAGAUGUUGAAACACUCAAGACUGAAAAUGGAGAUGGCACAGAGUUUAAACAUAACUUGCCUUCAAAAUUUAAGACAUUUCUAAAUAAGGGUGUUUCCUCAGGUGAACUACACAACACUCUCGGAUCUUGCUCACAUGAUGCUAUUACAUGGACAAAAGGAGAGGUUCUGGGUAAAGGAGCUUAUGGGACAGUGUAUUGUGGGCUAACCAGUCAAGGUCAGCUGAUUGCAGUAAAACAGGUGGCACUGGAUGCUUCAACUUCAGAGAUGGCAGAAAAAGAAUAUGAUCGCCUGGAAAGAGAGGUGGAGCUUCUUAAGAACCUUCAUCACACUAACAUAAUUGGUUUCUUGGGAACAGCUCUCUGUGAGAAUACUGUAAGCAUAUUCAUGGAGUAUGUUCCAGGUGGCUCCAUCUCAAAUAUCCUGAGUCGGUUUGGACCAUUGCCAGAGAAGGUCUUUGUUCUAUACACUCAACAGAUUCUGGAAGGUGUUGCCUAUCUUCAUGCCAACAGGGUCAUCCAUAGGGAUCUGAAGGGGAACAACAUCAUGCUUAUGCCCACCGGAGUGAUCAAGUUAAUCGACUUUGGUUGUGCUCGUCGUCUUAGCUGUCUUCAGACCUCAAAUGGAAGUAAGAGUGACCUUUUGAAGUCUGUGCAUGGUACUCCAUACUGGAUGGCACCAGAGGUGAUAAGUGAGACAGGUCAUGGACGGAAAUCAGACAUCUGGAGCAUUGGCUGCACUGUGUUUGAAAUGGCCACAGGAAAACCACCCCUUGCACACAUGAACAAGAUGGCAGCCCUUUUUUACAUUGGAGCUAGAAAGGGCUUAAUGCCUUCUCUGUCUGAUGACUACUCUACACAUGCAAAGCACUUUGUCCAGGCUUGCCUAACCAGAGAUCCAAGGCAACGACCGUCAGCAGAGGAACUGUUAAGACAUCCAUUCAUCUCUCAUCACAGCCAAACCUGCAAUAGACCAGUGAACUGAAAACUUAUUCACCAAAUCAAAAAGUAACUUUUUAAAACAAUGAUACAAAGCAAAUUGACCAUGUGACCCAACAUUUGACAUGGGGAAAAUAUAAUUUACUAAAACACAUUAAAGAACUGUAAAUAGUCAUUUGACAAACGUGGCAAUAAGCUUUUAACACAAAUGAUCAAAUACACAAAGACUGAGGUUAAGGUAGUGGAAACCAUAUCAUUUAUUAAAUCUAAAUAAAAUGGGGGUGGG